AUGGCCAGCCUCCCACUGCGAGGAACAUAUGAAUUCCCACCUAGCACACGAAACCAAAAGACCCCGUCCAACACCCAGAACACGCAGUGCGGCGAUCCUAUCAUCGCCACUAGACCCUCCCCUCGGACCAAUGAAGCAAGCGAUAUAAUUAUAUCGAUCUCUCGCGCCCCUUUCGCCUCUCUCUUCGUUAGAACAGUCGGCGCUUUGGCUGGGGAGAAUGUGUCGCACUGCGAGCCUGCAUCUGUUCGUGAAGAUGCGAGACAGCCGCCUUACUUGUGUCCUGCUGAUUUGGCCAAGGUCGUUUAUGUGGCUUCUACGUCUGGGGAAGUGCGGUAUCGGGCUUUGUUGGAGUUUUGUGAGAGUGAUUAUCUUAAGGGGUCGCUUUUCUUUGCGCCUUUUGGGGCGUGGAUUAGGGGGGAGGUUGGACUUGGAUGGUGGUUUGGUUGA